GGCGGCCGGCCGGCCGGCGAGCACCCCCCCCUCCCCCCGCGCUCUCCCUUGCGGCGGGCCCAGGACGGGCUCCUUCCGCCUCGCUGGGACUGGUGCUAAAAUAGAGGGUUUCUCCUCCUGCCUCGUCUCCUCCCGGCUUCGCCCGCCGCCACCGCCGGUCUCCCGCGGGCAGGGGCGCUGUCGUCCUGCAUCCUCACCGUAGUCUCUUCUGGAGAAAGCUGAAGGGUAAAACUAUCAUGGAUGCUAACUCCAGUUCAAACGAGCAAAAGGCUGAGGAACUCAAGCUUAAAGCAAAUGAUGCUUUUAAGGCAAACAAGUUCUCCCUGGCUAUUGAGUUCUAUAGCCAAGCCAUUGAGCUAAACAGUUCAAAUGCAGUUUACUGGGCAAAUCGUGCAUUUGCUCAUACAAAGUUAGAGGAAUAUGGAAGUGCAGUGCAAGAUGCUUCAAAAGCCAUUGAAAUUGAUCCUAGAUAUUCGAAAGGUUACUACCGACGUGGAGCAGCAUAUCUUGCUAUGGGUAAGUUCAAGGAAGCCCUGAAGGAUUUUCAGCAGGUGAAAAGAAUCAGCCCUAAUGAUCCGGAUGCUACAAGGAAAUUGAAAGAGUGUGAGAAAGCAGUCCAGAGAAUCCGUUUUGAAGAAGCAAUUUCUGUAGGGGAUGAGGAGAAGCGUUCUGUAGCUGAUUCUAUUGACUACCAUAUCAUAGAAGUAGAGCCACAAUAUACAGGACCAAGAGUUGAUGGGGACUCAAUAACAUUAGAUUUUGUCAAGGCAAUGUUGGAUGAGUUUAAAAAACAGAAAUGCAUACACAAAAGGUAUGCCUACCAGAUUGUGUUACAAACUGUGCAGUUAUUGCGUUCUACGCCUUCACUUGUUGACGUGGAUGUUCCAAAUGGCAAUCAUUUUACGGUUUGUGGUGAUGUGCAUGGGCAGUACUUUGACUUGCUCAAUAUAUUUGAGCUCAACGGUCUUCCCUCAGAAGAGAAUCCUUACCUCUUCAAUGGAGACUUUGUAGACAGAGGAUCUUUUUCUGUUGAAGUCAUACUCGCUCUUUUUGCUUUCAAGUGCCUCUAUCCGACAGGUAUGUACCUUGCAAGAGGAAAUCACGAAAGCAAGAGCAUGAAUAAAAUAUAUGGUUUUGAGGGAGAAGUAAGGUCGAAGUUGGGCGAAGCAUUUAUUGAACUAUUUGCGGAAGCAUUCUGUUGCCUACCUCUUGCUCAUGUCAUCAACAGCAAGGUCUUUGUAGUUCAUGGAGGUCUCUUUAGUGUUGAUGGUGUUAAGCUUUCAGAUAUUAGAGCCAUUGAACGUUUCCGUGAGCCCCCUGAAGAAGGUCUAAUGUGUGAAAUAUUAUGGAGUGAUCCUCAACCUCAGCUUGGUAGAGGUCCAAGCAAACGUGGUGUUGGUCUUUCCUUUGGUGCAGAUGUGACUAAGAGAUUUCUACAAGAAAAUAAGCUGGACCUUGUUGUUCGAUCCCAUGAAGUAAAAGAUGAAGGCUAUGAAAUUGAACAUGACGGAAAGCUUAUAACAGUAUUCUCUGCUCCGAAUUACUGUGACCAGAUGGGUAACAAGGGUGCAUAUAUUCGGUUCUCAGCUCCAGAGCUUAAACCAGAAAUAUCCUCUUUCUCAGCAGUGCCACAUCCUGACGUCAAGCCGAUGGCCUAUGCAAACAACUUCCUCAGGAUGUUCCAGUGACAACACAUAUCCGACUUCCUUCGCCAUAUUUUUCUUUUGUGACUAGGCUGAAGCCUAAGCUUGCAAGAAUACGGUGUUGUACAACAGAUCUGGCGGUGUAAGCAGGAAUGCGAUUUUCUAUAUGCUGCCAUUGUACUCCGUUACAUUUUUGUCGAAAACUGAAAUCAUUCCAUUACUGCAUCGUCACUAGAUGCAAGUGCCA